AUGUCAAUAUUUGAUCCUAUCGGGUUUUUGGCACCUUUGAUCAUAAAGGCGAGGAUAUUGAUGCAAAAUAUCUGGAGGAGCAACGUGGAUUGGGAUUCAGAAAUACCUGAGACGUUAUUACCAGCGUGGCAAAACUGGCUUCAUGAACUCAAAGAAUUGGCUCCUAUUGUAGUGGACAGAUAUUACUUUCCAAGCAUUUCUUGUGUAAAAGAAGUGGACCUGCACGUGUUUUGUGAUGCGAGUGAUAAAGCUUAUUCCUCUGUUGCUUACUUCAGAACAGAAGAAAAGGAGGAUAAUAAUGAAAUACAUGUCUGCUUUGUUACUGCUAAGUAUAAAGUUGCGCCAUUGACUCAGCAAACCAUACCCAAAUUAGAGUUACAAGGAGCAGUGUUGGCAUGCAGACUAUCCAAGAAAAUAUGGGAAGAAGUUGAAUAUAAAAUUCGCGAAACACAUUAUUGGACUGAUUCAUUGGUGGUACUUAAACGAAUAAGAUCCCAGUCGAGAAGGUUUCCUAUGUUCGUGUCAUGUCGAAUAGGAGAAAUCCAUGAAAAUACAGAUGUUUUCCAGUGGCACUGGAUUCCUUCUGAAGAAAAUGUAGCAGAUCAGGCUACCAAAGAAUUGAAAAAUAUUAAUCUUAAACAAGAUGGAGAUUGGUUUAGCGGACCAUCGUUUUUGAGAAAACCAAUGAAAUUAUGGUAUUGUGAGGGUGGCAAAAAUUCAAACGAAGAAAGGCAUUUAUAA